AUGGAAGUACUUAAGAAAGGCAGUGAAGUUUACGACGGCAGGGCUGCUUUGAAGGCGGCGUCGCAGCCAACGAAUGCGCACAUGUGUUGUACGAAUGCAAUGAUGGAGAGGGCAGAUGGUAGAGUCGUAGAUCCACAGAGUCGAGUGCACGGAACGAAAGGGUUGAGCAUUGUUGAUGUGAGCAUGUGGCCAUAUGUCGUUGCAUCGGGUCCAGUGGCUAGCGUCUACGCAGGUGCAGAAAAGGCAAGUAAUGCAUACUCCAACUGA